AUGUACUUCCAGGCUCAAGGUAGGCCUGCAGGCAGCUGUGAAGGCUCCUGGUUUUGGGGACAACCGCAAGGCGACGCUGAAGGACAUGCCGUGGCCACGGGCGGCAUCGUUUUUGGCGACGAGGCCAAGCUGAUCAAGCUGGAGGACGUGCAGGCGUCUGAACUCGGCCAGCUGGGGGAGGCGGUCAUCACCAAGGACGACACGCUGCUGCUAAAGGGCAAGGGCAAGAAGGAGGACAUCGACCGCCGGGUGGGACAGAUCAACGACGAGAUCGAGCUCAGCAAUUCCGAGUAUGAGGAGAAGCUGGGUGAGCGACUCGUUCGCCUGGCUAGCGGUGUGGCAGUGCUGCGAGUUGGAGGCUCCAGCGAGGUGGAGGUGAAUGAGAAAAAGGACCGGGUGAAUGAUGCACUCAAUGCAACUCGUGCUGCCGUGGAGGAAGGCAUUGUGCCAGGUGGCGGCACUGCCCUGCUGCGUUGCCUGCCUUCACUGGGCAGUCUCAAGACGGAUAAUGAGUACCAGCGCACGGGCGUGGAUAUUGUGCGCAAGACACUCAAGCAGCCCUGCAUGCAGAUUGCCCAGAAUGCCGGUGUUGAUGCAGCCGUCGUUGUCCAGAAGGUGGUGGAGGGCAAGGAUGACUUCGGGUACAAUGCCAUGCGCAACGAGUACGUCCACAUGAUCGGGGCCGGCAUCAUUGACCCCACCAAGGUUGUGCGGACAGCAUUGCUGGAUGCAUCUGGUGUGGCCUCCCUCUUGACGACGGCCGACGCUGUUGUUGUUGAGCUUCCAAGAGAGAACAAGAUUGAUGCCAUGGGUGGUAUGGGAGGAAUGGGCGGCAAGGGAGGCAUGGGUGGCAUGGGCAUGUGAAGAGAAGCGACCAGUGCUCUACCCGGCUGCUAGAAGAAGCACAGCACUGCAAUCUGCUCGCGAGACGCCUGAAAUGACAGCGGGAUCUGAUCAACACAACUAGUGGAGUUUUUCAAUGGAGACUCGCAAGCAAUAGUGCUCCAAAAUGCAGUAGUAGUGUAUUAUAGCGACUCAAUGUGAAGUAUUACCGGGAGCUGGAGGAUUGGCCUGCAGCUUUGGUUACGCUAUGCCGAACUUUUUUUUUUCUUUUUGUA